AUUUGAUGAAGUUAUAUAUAUGUAUUCUUAUUUGUGGUCUCUAAAAUUGCACAUAUACAUACCUUACAACAAUCAAUCUCUUUAAAUCAAAUAAAACAAACUUAGGCUAGCAAACAAAAAUGGCUGGUUUUUUUCUAAAGCCAAAUGCUCGAGGCCAUGCUCGGUCAAUUAGUUUACCAGCAAGAUCGCAUCCUACCACCCUUAAAAUUGAAGAAGAGCUUAACAAACUCCGAAAUCUCGAAAUUUGUUCAUUGAUUUGUUUAGAUUCAAAUAAGCUUGGAAUAGCCAUUCCAGGCCUUGCAGAGCUCUACAAAUCAAUAGGAGAUCUUCUUAAACUACCUCAAACCCAACAAGCCUUAACCAAACAUGAUGAUUCUUCAUGGGUUGAUGAACUCUUAGAAGAAUCAGUCUCGUUCCUUGAUGUUUGUGAAAAUACAAGGGAAAAUUUAUUUCUCUUAAGGCAAAGUAUUGGGAAACUCCAAUCUAGUCUUAGAAGAAAAAAUAAUAUUAAUUGUGAUAACCAUGAUCAUCAUCAAUCUUGUGAUAUUGAUGAAGAUAUUAGUGAAUAUGUUUCAUUUGUUAAGAAUUUGAAGAGGGAAAUGGGUAAAUCUCAUAGUUUAUUGAAGCAAAUUGAUAAUAAAUUAUCAGAAUUUUUGAUGUUUAAUAAGGUAAAUAAUGACCCACAUAUUGUUGCUGUUGUUAGGGUUUUAAGGGAAACUGGUUUGAUUUGUAGUAAUGUGUUUAGGUCAAUUUUAGGGUAUUUUUCAGGUACACCUUUGCAGACUAAUAAGAGUAGUAAAUGGGGUUUGGUGUUUAAAUUGGUGCAUAAUAAUAGUCAUAAAGGGCAUGAUGAAGAAGAUCUUAAUGAUUUGGAGGAUGUUGAGAUUGCACUAAAUAGUUUGAUAAUUAAGAAGUUGAGUAAAGAAGGUACAAGGAUGAUGAUUCAAAUUGCAUGUAAGAAAUUACAUGCACUUGAUACAACUACUCAAGAUCUUGAGAUAAAUCUUGAGUGUUUGUUUAGGCAAUUAAUUCACACUCGAGUUUCUCUCUUAAACAUACUUUCAGAUCAUUGAUACUGUGAAAAUGUGGUAACAGUUGCGUUCGUGGUAACAGAAUGGUGAUGCAGUAACGGGAGUGAUGCGGUUAUCGUAACGUUUAAUAUCGCUCGAAUCGAUAUCUCUUGAAAAGGUCUAAAAGGCAGAUUUUUUACACAUUUACAAUGCAAGAAAUAUGGUUUCAUUUGUUUUGAAAAGCUUUAUAACGCGGGCGCGAUGCAAUACGAUACAACCUUGUUUUUACACUUUUACACUAUGAGCUACACUACCAAACACCACUACCAAACACCGACUAUGAGGUUUGGUCAUUAAUCACCGACCACAUUUUUAUGGUCUUUCAGGGAAGUACUUGUUGAAAUUUGUUUUUUGUUUUUUUAUUAUUGAGGAUGAGUUGUUCAAUUAACAGUAUCCAUAUUUUGGAGGAUCUGUUAUAAAAUCAGUGUGUUUAUUUUCAUGUAACUUAUGUAGAUGAUUGUGUAGUGUGUACAUAGUAUUUUAAUUAGAGAGAAAA